AGAAUAACACCAGGCCGGAAAUAGUCUGUGUUUGCUGAACGCGCGCGCUAACUUGACGGCAGUCAGGCGCUGCACGUCGCGCUCUGUUUUUCACAACAAAAGCAGCGUGUGAGGAGUGAAGAAGAAGGGCGGGUAUCGGUCGGUUCGGCCGGAGAACACAGCCGCGGUUCCGCUCGCAUCAUGUCCAGCAUUCAGCUGCUCAGAGUGCUCGUUAACGAGCGGCUGUCUGCGGCCGCGGAGGAGAUCUUCGAGGCGGUCAAGAAGACGAUCGCAGGCUACGAGGAGGAGAUCCUGCUCUCCAAACGGGAGAUCCGCCGGCAGCGCAGGAUGCUGCAGACUGUUGUUAAACCUGAAAUAAAGAUAAACAAACACUCAGACCAACCACAGCUGGCUCUCUCGGUCUGGGACGAGGACUCCGAUCAGCAGCAGGAGCACUGUGACCAGGAGUGGAGCUCCAGUCAGGACCACGAGGAGCCUCCACAGACCGCCAAGAGCCAGGAGGACCAGCCCAGCAGCCAGGAGGAGGAGCCGGUUCAGGAGGUGGAGGAGGAGAACGCCAUCAGGUUCAUCUUCACUCCUCCGUACGUGAAGAACGAGCUCGACCAGCUACAGUCGGGGUACCAGAGCGCUAAAGGAGAAGAAGAUCCUCUGCCGAGCACUUCAGCCGAGCAGGACCAGAUGAAGGUGGAGGCUGAUGAUGGCGCGUCCUCCAGCUGUGAGGACAGCGACGAUGAGUGGAGGGGCAGCGUGGAAUCUCAGACCGACGACAGCGACAGCAACAGCAACCGCAACCGCAAGUGGAAGAAGCUUAAAGGGCCUCGACUACCAACAGCCUCAACACUGCACCCGACGAAAAAACCAAAGUCACGGAUUUGCUGUAAAGUCUGUGGGAAAGCCUUUCACGCCACCGUGUCGUUGGUGAAUCACAUGGAAGUUCACCCCAAGGACGUCUGCGGCGUGUGCGGCGAACAUUUGGAGACCGAGGAGAGUUUUCAAGCUCACCUGAAAACACACGUGAAGGCCGAAAUCUGCAGCAUUUGCGGGAAAUGUUUCGGGACCUCGAGCUCGCUGGAGACGCACAUGAGGAUCCACACGGGAGAGAAACCGUUCAACUGCAGCGAGUGUGGGAAGUCCUUCAACUGCCGCCACAACAUGAUGCGACACAUCCGGAUACACACGGGGGAGAAACCGUAUUCUUGCACCAUAUGUGGCAAAUGCUUCAAUGACUACUCCACGCUGAAGCGCCACCUGCUGGUUCACAUACACAAGAAGAACCUCAACCCGAGUAACACAACUGCAAACAAGGAUGAGAAUGGCGACGACGACGAGAAGAAGACGAAGACAUCGCCAGCGAAGAAGCAUCAGACUCGGACCAUCUGUGAGGUGUGCGGGAAGAUGUUUCACUCCAUGGUCUCGCUGGUGAAUCACGCCAAGAGUCACGCCACAGACCUGUGCGGCGUGUGCGGGACGCAUUUCGACUCGGAGGAAAACUUAAAACUUCACCUGAAAACUCACAAAAACGGGAAAGUCUGUGAGGUGUGCGGAAAGUGUUUCGACAGUCAGGGGAACCUGGAGAUGCACAUGAGGAUCCACACGGGCGAGAAGCCGUUCCUCUGCAGCGAGUGCGGAAAAUCCUUCAACUGCCGUCACAACAUGAUGCGACACAUCAGGACCCACACGGGCGAGAAGCCGUACCUGUGCAACACCUGCGGCCGCUGCUUCAGCGAUCACUCCACUCUGAAGCAGCACAGCAGCACGCACACCGGAGAGAAACCACACCGCUGCGAGAUCUGCGGGAAAGGUUUCCACCGAAAGACGUACGUGAGGCUUCACAUGAAGAGCCACACGACGGAGAAGUGACUGAACAUGUGACUGUAAAUAAAAACAUUUUCAUUUUGA